CAAAACAACUAAACAAGCAGACGUGAAGCAGAGGAAGUCUUAUUUGUUCAAUUCCGACGUCCGUUCAAUCAAAUCGAAAAAUGAAGACGGGGUUAAUGAUAUUACUACUUAUUCAUAUGGUUGCAAGUACAUUGGCUGCUGCUGUUGUUCCAGCAGCAGUCGAUGCUCAAGUCACCGCUGAUGUAGCAGACAAGACAGAUAAUGUCAUAAUAACGUUAACCGAAUCAGUCGAAUCCGCUGAAUCUAUCGAGUCACUCGGAAGCAACGAUCCGAAAUUAACCAGCGGUACUCCGGCGAUAGAAGGAAAUCAAGAAAAAGAGUCCGCUGAAUCAACAGAGUCACCUGUAGACAACGAUGUCCUGAAAACCUCCAGCACAUUCCAUCGUCGUUACCAUUAUCCAGCAAGAUAUCCUCAAUACUAUCGCCGACCAGUUGCUUUCGGCGGAUAUUACAACAGAUAUCCUCAGAGGCAGAGCGUCAAUCGCUAUUCAUAUUACAAUCGGCAGCCAGUCUAUUACACCCGACCAACUUAUUCGUCGCCGUCGCACUCUUAUUAUAAUUCUGGCUCGUCCAGUUCUGGUUAUUCCCCUUCGAAUGGCGACGACUGGGAUUAUGAUUCUUCAUCAUCAUCAUUAAUAUCAUAAAUAACAUCAUAAAAAAAUAAAUGGC